AAUACCGCCGCCGCUGGUCCGAAAAUCAGCAAGAACUGCGCACAGCCCAUCCACCACCUCUUGUUGGAGUUACCAUGAACUGCUGCUGCUUCUCUCAGUUUUUUCUGAAGUUGCCGCCGCCAUGGAUAUCCGGCGAGUUCAACCUCAACUUCUACCAUGCUUCCGUCUCCAAGCUGUACGGAGUCUCUGUUAUAGCUGCUCACCACUCGACACAAAUGCCACCAACGGCUGCGGGAAAUUCUGCUCAGAUACGAAAUGAAGCUUGACGAAAUCAGCAGCCGUUGUAUUCGAAGUCCCUUUCGAGUGGCUCAUGAUCGAAAUACUGUUGAAGGUGUAGCUCGUGCCCGCUAAGAAGAAGCCGGAGACUGCUGCAAAGCCAAAGCCGAAGCCACCGCGCUCUAAACCGGUCCAGCAGCUGCUGCGCCCGCUAAGAAGAAAAAACAAAGCCCAAGGCGGCAAUGCUUCUUACACAAAAUUGUCUUCUCAUGGGAAAAAGUUGCUACCUUCAAAGAUAAAACCAAGCCAAAUUCAGAUGUACAACUAAAAGCAAAAGAAAGUCAUGCAGAUGAAUAACCCAAAUAGCCGGGUGGUGUUCUCUCAGAGAAUGCAUGAGGAAGACGGGAGAUUUGAAGACAAAUCUGAUAUAACAAAGUAUGUGGAUCCUUUGAAAAAUGAACUGAAAUGUACAAAAAAAAUGCAUUUGUUCAAAUCGAGAUCAAAAUCAAGUCAUUUUGGAAAAUAGUGAAAGAAACAAGUAGACGAGCAUGAGCAAGCAAGAUGUCUAAAAAGCAAUAUUAUAAAGAGAAAGCAAAAGUGAAAGGCAAUGCAGCAAGCUCAAGAAAUAAUCACAUGGAUGGGCCCAAUCUGCUCUACUUUGGACAUAUUGUAAGAAAUCAAAUAAAUACCAUGUUGAUUGAGCAUGCCAAGCAGAGAAACAAAAGAAAUCCGCUCUCGCUCUCUCUCGGUUCACACAGGGACAGCCGCCGACCUUCUUCCCCGGUGGAAACAGCCGCCGGAGGGCCGCCUCCUCCGUUUCCCUCACCCUCUUCUCUAUCUCUCUCACUCCGAUCAUCAACGGCCGCCGCGCCAACUGCAACCUCGCCGGCCACGGCGGCUGCCGCUGCACCUUCCCAUCACCGUCGCCACCGCCGCUGCAACCAUGGGCUCAGCCGCAGCAUAUUACUACACCGGAUGCGAGCACGACUACCAACCGCACUUCCUCGAUUCUUGCUCGCUCUGCCGCAGACCGCUCAGCCAAAACAGCGACAUCUUCAUGUACAGAGGGAACACGCCGUUCUGUAGCCAAGAGUGCAGACAGGAACAGAUAGAGAUGGAUGAGGCGACGGGUAAGAAAUGGAAGAUGUCGUUGUCUUCCUCGUCGUCUUCGUCGAAGAGAUCGAGCGCUGUGAGACAGACCUCCGAUUCCGCCAAGGAAUCCGACACGAAUAAAGUUGUACAGAGGGGAACAGUGGCCGUGGCUUGACUCUUGAGAUUAAAGAUAACUGCAAAUAAGUAUAUAUAUAUAUUGUAUUUGAGAAGAAAUUACUGAUCACUUCCUCGAUGAAUUUCGCAAGAACUGGAGUUUGAUCUGUAGAGAGAGAUGGGUGCA